AGAGUGGGACCCGGGGAUUCCCGCGCCGUCGCAAUCGCUGAGCCGGGCACUGUCCGUUGAAGCGCUGCGGGAGGCCGCGGCGUGGUGUCCGUUGCUGUUGACGUGCGGAGUGGCAUGCAUUUGAAGCAAAUGCCAUUGCCGUUCUUUGACCGUUUCUCUUCACCCCAUGCGCUCUUUCUCCCCUUUUCCAGCAUCAGCUGUCUCCCAGCCGCUCCAACGCCAACGCGGGUUGCUUCGCUCAUUCCGCGAUCCGUUAUCCGACGGCAAGCGCGCCGGAGGCCUGCCCCUCCCCCACCUUCGGGCCCAUUGCCGGGCCACUGCACCAAUAUUUACAACCCCCCAGCACUCAUACGGAUUCAGGAGGCUUUCAAGCACUCCAAGAACGAACAGCAGCAGGACCGGUGACCAAUCCAAAAAUCCCACCAUGGCGUCCGAACGAACAGCCGCGUGGGAGAAGCAGAUCCAGCGCAACCCACACCCCGACUUCAAGAAGGUCGAGGCCUCGCGCCCGCCCUUCGACCUGUCCACGACCUUCCACUACACCCAGACACCGGACCCGGACUGGAAGUUCGGCUCGGGCCCCAACAGCACCGCCGACCCCUCCGCGGCCGAGAAGGCGCACAUCGCCAUCGACCCGUACGCGCCCGGCCGCCCGGCCGGGUUCAACUACAAGCUGCUGAUCUCGGCGAUCGUGCCGCGGCCGAUCGCCUUCCUCUCGACGCGCUCGGCCGACGGCAGCACCACCAACCUGGCGCCGUUCAGCUACUUCCAGAUGAUCGGGCACGACCCGCCGCUGUUCGUGAUCGGCUUCGCCAGCGCGCUGAGCGCUGGAUCCGCGGCCAAGGACUCGCUGCGCAACCUGCACGAGCGCGGCGAGUGCGUCAUCAACGUCGUGUCGGAGCACUUCGUCGAGGCGGCCAACGCGGCGAGCGUCAACGCGCCCUACGGCGUCAGCGAGUGGGACGUCAGCGGGCUGACGCCCGCGUACGACUGCCAGACGGUCGGCUGCGCGCGCGUGCGCGAGGCCGUCUUCGCCAUCGAGGGCAAGCUCGAGAGCCUGCGCGAGUUCCCGAGCCGCGCGACGCCGGGGAAGGUCUCGGCCACCAUGGCCGUCAUCGAGGGCACGCGCUUCUGGGCGCGCGAGGACGCGGUGAAUGAGGAGAGGAAUCUCAUCGAUCCUAAGGUCCUGCGCCCGAUCAGCAGGCUGGGGGGCAUCACGUACGGCAGGGUGACGGAGGGGCUGGAGCUGCCCAGGCCGGACUUUGAGAAGGACUUGGGCGGCGUCGAAGGGGCCAAGAAGCUGGAGCGAAAGGACCUGCCAAACUAGGGGUCCUGCGGAGACCGAGCUUGAAACGGGUUGUUGUUCACAGUCUCAUAUCUCGCGGGCCAUAGAGAGUAGAUGCAACACGGAAACGCAAUAGACAACGGCUACAUUUCUGGCGGUUAUGUCCAGGCUGUUGAUUCACCACUUACCUAAAACAUAGCAGAUGCGCCCUCACAGACUAUGAGAGCGAGCGUUUGGAAUCAUCAGGAGUGCAGCAGGCAACGUGUUAUCGGCCGUUAUCAUACCAUCUAGG